CCUCCCCGACCAUUUCCUCCCGGUUUAAUCCGUCCCCUCGUCCUCGGCAAGCUCCACUGCAGAGCCCAGGCAGCGAGAUCGUUCCCUCAUACCCGCGCAGACAGUCUAUCAGCCAAUUGCGUCUCAAUGCCUUCCCACUUUACCCCAUCCCUGAUUCGGCGGUUGCUCUUCGCACCCUUAAUAUCAGCGGAGUAUCCACCUUGCAGACGUCACCUAGACAGAGCGUUGCUGAGCAAUCGAUGAUGUCCAUUGGAAGUUCCUCUGCUGGGUCGACUCCCUAUGUGCGACCUCGCUCGUCCUCUGGUUCCUUCAACCAGUCGUCGUCACCUUCGUUCUCCGGGUAUCGGCCACCGUCACUUGCGGCCUCUCCCAUUAUAGAGGCCCCGCCACAUCCAAGCCACAAGCGUUCAUCAUCAUACAAUUUCCCUGCGCCAGGCGACGGGUCUUACCCCCAUUCGAGGUCUAGCUCUGUCGUGCACAGUCCUUCGACGCCAGACCAUAGAAACUCGCACUCCUUUUCUCACUCGCCAUCUCCUCGUUCUCAAUCUUCAAUAUUUUUCUCUCCCGCGAUGUCAAUGCACAACCAGUCUCCCCCCGUCCCAUCUACCCCUCCGCGCUAUGUGCCAUUCCAGGAGAGUAGUUCGUUCGCCGAUCGCGACUGCGACGAAGUAGAUUUGGCUGCUCAUAUCAAGGGUGACGUCACACCUCCAGGACGCCCGCCAAGGCGCUGGUGGAAUUUGACAGUUCCAUGGAAUGCGGACGAGUGGUGGACCCCCGGAGAAUUCGUGUAUCAAGACGAGCCCAGAGUCGACGAAAGGCUAAAUCCGGUCCGGCCCACGAAGCUGCAUCUCCCUACUAGCGACGGGACUUCCGAUGGAGAACCCAGAGAGCUGACGAUCAGGCCAUUGUGUGUUGGAAUUGCGGAAGCUGAGAGAGAGGCAAUGUUGAAAAAUAGUAUGUUUGCUCCCUUUCGAUGGCAAGGAAAAGACAGCGAUAAGGAGAGGGACGAGAAAUUGAAGGCACUCUCUCAUUUUACUGAUGCCGAGCGAGAUGGUUUCAACAGAGCACGGAGUACUGUCAUCCUGGCGUGCCAUUCAGUAAUGACACGAGACGAGCUGACUUCUGAACAUGUAAAGAUGAAUCCUGCAGCGUCCUGCGUUGUCUCGACAUUGGGGACAAUUAUUGAUGAAGCGCUCCCUGUUUUGAAGACCAUCCUGGAGUCUACAUACGAUCUGGCCGGUCUAGUUCCUGUACCGUUUUUCCUGGAGGCGUCGCGAACCCUCCUAAUUAUCUGGGAGGCGUGCGAGCAGCUUUCGUCUAAUCGACUUUCUUGUCUUCGCAUUGUCGAACGCUGCGCAGGAAUGUUGUACUUUAUGCGUGAGCAGAUCGAAGGGGUCGGUCCCAUCGUUGGCAAAGAACUCGACGCGGCCUUCCAUGUUUUUAGAGAAGUCAUCUUCCAGAUCGAGGGGUUUCUCUGCCGAAUCAGCCGCCGGCCAAUGCUAAAACGCUUUAUCAGGAGAGCCGAAAUCGCCAAAGAACUUUGCAAUUGCGAUCAGGCUUUGAUGGAUGCUUGGCUAAGAUUGAAUGCAACGAUGUCUGUGAGGAUUGUUAAGAAUGUCGUAUGUCUUGACGGGAAGAUCGAAGACCUGGUGACAGCGGUUCUUUCGGACAAUACCUCGACGCUAUGUGCCAACUGCGACACAGAGACGUCGGCAGAACCGAAUGAUCGACUUGCAGAGACCGUCCCAUCCAUACCAGAGUGUCUGACGACCACUGAGGGCGAUGUUCGUCGCGAAUUAAACCCUAUCUUCCCUGAAGAAAAUCCAGAUAAGGAUCUUCGACUCGACCAGUUCCAACUAGAACAUCUUCCUGGCUUUAUCAACACUGCGCAGUGCGAUGCGGACGUCCUCAAUGGUUUGGAAAUCGAACGGAACGAAGUCGCUGAGAUAAUGAAGGCCAUGCGGCGACAGUUGGAGUCCCUGCGCCAUGAAUUCUCGCGUUCAACCGCUGCUGCCAGCGACAGUACUCUCGCUGAGAUGGAGCUUUUGGAUGCCAGUAUCGCCUCUAUGUCGAAGCUGCGCUGUAUGCAGGUGCGAGGCGCAGGCACUGACAAUUCUCUUUCACCAUGGGAACUUCCUUCAUGGACGAUCACGCGAUACGAGGUCGAUCGGUUCGAGAUGAUCGGUCAAGGGUCAUUCUCUAGAGUUUACGCUGGAUCCUGGCGCGAUAGAGUGGUCGCCAUCAAGGUUCUCCACGACUUCACUCCAGCUUCGACGUUUCGUCGAGAGGUCGAGCUCUGGCGCAGGCUUAGGCACCCUCAGGUCGUUCAUAUGUUCGGGGCAAGCAGCGCUCAUGGAUCCAAGCCAUGGUUCAUCGUGAGCGAGCUCUACGAACGCGGAAGCCUCGUGGAAUGGUUGCUGACCACAGCGCGUGAUGAUCACGCCAUGCCACGCCAUGCAGACCAGUUCCGUUUCAUCUCUCAGAUCGCUGGCGGGAUGGAAUAUCUGCACUCCCAAAAGGUAGUGCAUGGUGAUUUGAAGUGCGCGAACGUUUUCGUGAAUAAGGAAGGAAACUGCGCCAUUGCUGACUUCGGUCAGAGCGAACUCAAGGACGAUGCCUACAGGCUUAGCGGGUGUCAACGACCAAAGGGGACGCCGAGGUGGAAAGCGCCAGAGCUUUUGGACGGUGCGGCAAGUCCGACAAUGCAAGCGGAUGUCUACGCUUAUGCCAUCUGCUGCGUGGAGAUCCUCAAUAUGGGCGGCAUUCCUUAUGGCACUCGAGACGACGAAGACGUCAAGAGGAUUGUACUCGAACGAGAUGGUCGCCCAGAGGUGUCUGAUACCCCUCUGGCCGAUAUUGUUCUCCCAAUCAUCAGCUGCUGCUGGGCGCGUAACCCUCGUUAUCGUUCGCCAUUUCCCAUGACGGUGUUUUGGCUUCGAGGCUGUCGGAAUUUUGUAUAUCCCUAUGGUGCAGACGGCUUACCAACCCCUUGCACGCCAAAUGGUCCCGCUAACUCGCCAGUCGUUGGCUACUCAGACCGUCCCUCGCCUGGCCUUCGAUUUUUUGGUACACCGACUUCUGACCGCUAUUCUUGGCUACCACACACUCCAUCGAUGUCUGAUUAUUUCAGCACGUCGUCUGGAUUUGGGUCUGAGUUCGGAUAUUCAGAGCCUGAUUCUGACUUGCAGGACAUUCCAGAGUCGUCUAUGUCAACCGAGACUUCGGGUUUCGUGGAUCCGAACGCUGUCUGUGAGGUCGGCACCACCACCGAUCACACCACGGACGAUCUCCUUCCUGAGCUAUCUACGAAUACGUGGGCACGGGCCAUGCAGAAUGAGCGGCGGUACAGGAUUUUGGCCAGGGACACCCAUGAGUAUGAAAAAUGGUUCACGACGCCUCUUUGGUAUCCCUCACCUGUCGAGGUGGGUGCUGUGGGGUAUGUGUCCAAACCUGACGGGGAGUUCAUAACCCUCUGUAACGUCAUUGAACUUGGAGGAAAGAAAAAGGCCGAGGGUGACGUGGCAAAAUGCAUGCGUUCCUUGCGGGAUUACGGUACCAUCAACAUCGAGAAGACACGUCGUGUUCAAAAUGGUUUUCUGAACAGAUUGAAAUUUGGUGCCAACCGUCGCGAGGGGGACGUAUCUCGCAGGCAAGAAUUUCCCCUGCAAGCUGGUAAGAAGACAGCUGCGGUAUACGCCGAGUCGUUCGAGCGCCGGGACUUCUCCGAUGGCAGUCUAACUGCAGCCAGGCAGUGGUUUAAAGAAAAUAUCCACACGGUCCUACAAGAAUACGCACCAAAUCACCCUAUCCAGAAAGAGGACGUCUUCCUUGUAACGAACACUGUAAAUGCGCGUGACUACGCUCUCUUUGUCGCCGAUCCCAUUUCGUCAGGGGUAGCAUACUUCAAUGUUUUCUCUUCUCACAAAGCGAAUCAUCCGUGGGGCACUUUCACAGUCAAGUAUGAUGGUCAGGAUUACUUCCCCGCGGAGGCCAACUUUACGAGUAAGGUGUCACGAUCCCGCAAGACCUGGGAUACCAUACUCCUUGCGCGACUUCGCUUCGUGCCUGAUGCAGAAGAGCCGACUCUGUACUAGGAAGCAUCAUCCCUCCCAUCUUAUUCAACGAAUUGGCUACAUACCUUUUUUUCUGUCUCCUGUACUGUUAGUAUUCCAGCGGACAUUUCGCGUUAAUAUUGUAUGUAUGGAUAUGUCAUGUUUUGUAACAAGCUUCACGUACCAUAUCAAAGCAUGGUGUCUGGUCA